AUGUCAACAUUCACUUCAUUUAUUAAACCAGAAACAGAUUCAGACAGAACAGUUCCAACUAAAACAUUCAAUUUAAAUCCAAAUUUAUUCGAAAGAUUUUCACUAAAAGGUAAAGUUACAUGCAUAACUGGUGGUGCUGGUGCAAUUGGGUCUGCAAUUGCUGAAGGUUAUGCUCAAGCAGGUGGCGAUGUUAUAAUAUUAGAUCAUGCACAUUCAGAUAAUGGAUUAAGUGAAUCAUUAGCUAUAAAAUAUGGUAUAAGAUCUAAAUUUUAUCAAAUUGACGUUACAAAUGGUGAACAAGUUAAAGAAGUAGUAAGCAGAAUCGAAUCAGAAUUCGGUACAAUUGAUGUAUUUGUUGCUAAUGCUGGCAUUGCGUGGUAUACUGGAUCUAUCUUAAAUGAAGAUUCAACACCUGAAAAAUGGAGAAAAGUAUUUGAUGUUAACGUUCAUGGUGUAUUUUAUUGUGCAAAAUAUGUUGGUGAAAUCUUUAAAAGAAAAGGUUCUGGUUCUUUUAUAAUAACUGCUUCAAUGUCAGCACAUAUAAAUAAUGUACCAAAUUACCAAACAUGUUAUAAUUCCGCAAAAGCAGCUGCGAUGCAUAUGGCAAAAGGUUUAGCUGUUGAAUUUGCUGGUUUUGCAAGAGUAAAUUCAGUUUCACCAGGUUAUACAAAUACUUUAUUAAGUGAACCUAUUCCAAGAGCUCAAAGAGCAAAAUGGUGGGGUUUAACGCCGGUAUGUAUCAAAAAAUUUUAAGAAUGUAAUAAUUGAGUAACAUUAUACUAACAUAUUAUCUUUAGAUGGGUAGAGAAGCAGAAACAGACGAAUUAGUUGGUGCUUACUUGUACUUAGCUAGUGAUGCUUCAUCAUUUACUAAUGGUUCAGAUAUUAGAGUUGACGGUGGUUAUUGUUGUGUAUAG